AUGUCAAUUCAAGACUUCAACAAACAUCUUCGCCUGUUACCUGCCGAUUUCAUAAAGAAAUUUAGAAAGAAAAGACGAGUUUUGAAAAAUCGUAAGUAUUCGAAAACGUUUCGCCAGAGGGGCUCCGAGAAGAAAAACAAUAUCGAUGCUGAAAAUAGAGCUCUUGAAUUUGCGAUAUUUCAAGCGAAGGAAGAGCUUAGGAAAGUCGUCAAAGAGAGAGAUGAAUUUAAACAGAAGUAUACUGCCUUGAAGCGAACUGUUUCUGUGUUACGUUAAUCGCCCCAGUGUUAAAACCAAGACUUUACUGAUCAGUGAUCUAUUAAUAUCUCAUGUUAUGGUGCAUUCAUGUAGUGAGCUAGGAAUCCUUGGAUCAAGGACUUUUAUUCUUGCAAAGCAGAUUAUUGCUAGUGUCGGUGGUUCAAUGCUCAGAACUUCCUUUGCGUGCUCAUUGAUUUAACAUUGCACCAUUGCUCGACUGGUUUGGUUUCUAAGCCUUUUUUUUACUCGAAGUGUAUAUAAUAUCAUAAGUUUUAAAGAAAUGUUCACUCUAAAACAUGUUCUUUGGAUUUCAUGGCGACAUACUUGGUGUACAUACAUGUACAGUGGACUAGGGGUUUCCCCGUUACGUAAGCUUUUGGUUGGGCGGAGUAUGCAGUAAAGCUGUCAGAUCUUUGUAUGUUCAUUGGUUAAGACAACAGGGCCUUUAUAACAUCGCUCUCCUGAUCUCUUCCAGAAUGCUUGGUACAACGUUCAAGUUACCGAGCCAUGUGUUUUCGCUAAUUCUAGAAAUAAAUUUAUUAAUACAUUGAUAGUGGCAUAAACCAUGGAAUAUCCGUCACUGUUUCCUGAUAUUUCUCCAAUCGAAGAACUCUUGGACAUUUAUUUCUCCCAAGAUGAGCAGAGUAAUCUCAGUUGCAUUCAGAACCACCAACUGGAAGAGACUACAGGAGAGAGAGGUGACACGGAGUCCUUUCCCGAUGGGUCGCAGCCUCACCUUAGUAACGAGGUCUACUCCUCUUCCACCAGCCCACAAAGACAAGCAGAAGUGCAAAAAUCCAUCGAAAACAUCACAGAAGAGGAUUUAGCGAAUUUACCGAUUCGGGAAUUAAACAAACGCUUGCGAAAUCUGCGCAGUGAUGAGGCGCAGAAGAUCAGAAAACGGCGGAGAAGCUUGAAGAACCGUGAAUACGCUACAAGCGCUCGGCGGAAGCGUAGUGCGAUAAAAAUGAGCCUCACAACGCAAAACCAACGCUUGUCAGCUCAGUUACGUCAGACCAAGGAAAUUCUCAGCGAAACAGUGAAAGAGAGAGACUCUUACAAGAACAAAUACGAAAACUUGAAGAAAGUUUAUGCAGCACUAUCU